UAAUCAAGUUAGUACGAAAAACAAAACAAUUGUAUCAAUAAUUUUAAAACAUAUGUAAAACAUGAAGGUGUCUGUAAAGCAAAUAUAUACAUCAGUAGCAUGUAAUCGUGUUCCAGAAAUUGUUGACUGGAAUAGAGAAGGUUUUAUUUGCUAUGGUGCUUCAAAUGCAGUAGUUAUUUACGACACGAAUGCUAAGGGUCAAGAUCCCCUUAAAGUUUUAAGUCACCACCGCUCAAGAGUAAACUCAGUUAAAUGGCUGCAGAAAUCGGAUAGUUGUAUGGAACUAUUGUCAUGUUCUGCAGACAAAACAGCUGCUAUUUGGACAUUACACAAUGGAACUUGGAAGGUGACCAGUCAGUUGACAGGUCAUGAUAAUGGUGUGACUUGUAUCAAUGGGGUGUAUCUUAAUGGUGAAGAUGAUUUAAUGGUGUAUACAGGAUCAAUUGAUUCAACAGUGAGAAUCUGGGAACGGAAAAAUGGAACAACAACACAUAAACAGACAAUCAAUCUCCAUUCUGGACUCUGUCUUACACUCCAUGCACAUAUUUUGCCUAUUACUAAUAAACCAAUUCUGUUCUGUGCUCUUGAUGAUCACAAAAUACACAUAUUCAGUGAAGAAGAUGAAUAUCAUAGAGUUCACAUAUUGAUUGGUCAUGAAGAUUGGGUUAGAGGAUUAGAUGCCAUCAAUGUUGAUGACAAUACUAUAAUGCUUGCAUCAGCCUCACAAGACACCUACAUCCGCCUCUGGCGCAUUCAGUGUCAUGAAGAGAAGCAAGUGAAAGGAAUCAAAGUUGAGGAGAAAGUGUUUAAAGCAUAUGGGAUAACAUGGUCAGUUAAAUUAGAUGCUGUUCUGGCAGGUCAUGAAGGCUGGGUAUAUGGAAUACAGUGGCAGAAGGUUCUGGAUAAAGCAAAUGAUCAGCCGAUCUAUCGACUCCUUUCCUCAUCGCUCGACAAAACCCUUAUCAUAUGGCAACCGGAGAGUCAUGGCGGUGCAUGGGUAGAGAGUGUGCGGGUGGGAGAAGUGGGGGGAAAUGGCCUAGGAUUUUAUGGAAGUCGAUUUGGACAAGAUGCAUUCAUGGGCCACGGUUACAAUGGAUCAUUACAUGUCUGGAAACUAGAUAAGGAAACCAAUCAGUGGCAUCCGUGUGUAGUUGUCGGGGGUCACUUCAACGGAGUCGAGGACAUCAGAUGGGAGGGUCAGGGCCGCUAUCUCCUUAGUGUUUCAUUGGACCAGACGACGAGGCUGCACGCGCCAUGGAAAAGAUCUGACGGCGCGGGCGCGGAGUGGCACGAGCUGUCCCGCGCGCAGCUGCACGGCUACGACGUGUGCGGCGCCGCGUCGCUGGCGCCCGCGCGCUUCGUGUCGGCCGCCGACGAGAAGGUGCUGCGCGUGUUCCGCGCGCCGCACAACUUCCUCGCCAACUUCGCGAACAUCGUGGGGGAGCAGCUGCUCGGGGACGACGGCUCGGGCCCCGAAGGAGCAUCGGUCCCGUCUCUGGGUUUGUCCAAUAAAGCUGUGUUCACCGGUGAGGAGCAGACGAACGGAGAUGAUAACGAUGGAUACUUCGUGCCCAUUGAAUUGAAAGAGCCGCCGACGGAGGAGACCCUGAUGCAGAACACGCUGUGGCCGGAGACGCAUAAGCUGUACGGGCACGGCUACGAGGUGCACUGCGUCGACGCGACCGCCGACGGCGCGCUGCUCGCCUCCGCCGCGCGCGCCGCGCACCCGUCGCACGCCGCCGUGCUGCUCUGGGACACUUCGACCUGGCACCAGAUACAGAAGUUAGAGUCGCACAACCUGACGGUGACUCAGCUGGCUUUCUCUCCGGACGGCCAACGUCUGCUCUCGGUGUCGCGCGAUCGAAGAUGGACCGUAUUUCAGAGGAAACAAGAUUCAAAUUUAUUCGAGAUAGCCGCCAGCACGGACAAGACCAACGGUGUCCACACGAGGAUCAUUUGGUGUUGUGCGUGGGCGUGGGAUGGGUCUGUGUUUGGGACCGGUUCCAGAGAUGGAAAGGUUUGUGUCUGGUCAAAGACAGACUCGACAAGCGAUUCUUCGCUUAAAGACUAUAGUUUAGUAGGAAAUCCGCUAGAACUACCCAACACGUCGAUAACGGCGCUAGCGUUCGCUCCACUAAAACGGGAGACUCAGAUACUAGCCACCGGUUUCGAAUCCGGCGUCAUCCGGAUAUACAACUUCGACAGCACUUGGAGUUUACUACAUGAACUAGAUAACAGUGCGGCGCAUCAUCUAACUGUAAAGAGAUUGUUCUUCAGGCCUCCCCGGGACGAGGCGAACAAGGAUUUGUACCUGGCGAGCUGCGGCAGUGAUUGUUUUGUUAGAAUAAACAACAUCAUUAUUACAUAAAAAUAUAUUUUGUUAAUUUUAAAACCUUUAUAAUUUCCAAGAC